AUGUCAAGAAGGCAAGGUAUUAAUAUCCCUGGUGUGAUCCUAGAUCAAUUGAAAGAGAGAGACUAUUCUAAUGAUGUUAGAUUUCAAAAUGGAUCCAAAAAUGGUCAGAAGAGAGGUGCUUCUACACAACUGAACAGAAAAGAGAGAAGGAAACAACAAAGAGCAGAGAAGAAGCAGAGAAGAAACAAGACAGGAACAGUAGACAGAUCAAAAAAGAGUGUCUGCCAAAAAGGCGGAUUUAUUUCUGAUCAGAAGCAGUUGAAAAAUGAUAAAGAAAUUCGUAAAUAUGAUAAUUUAAGUAGUGAUUCGAAAGUUACAAAAAGAGAUAAUAAGAAGGGACAAGAUAGUGGUAAAAUGGAGUUGCUCUUUUCCUCUGAUGAUGAAUUAUCUGAAGGUGAUUUUGACGAAUUUGAUGAUAAUGAUUUAAAUGAAGAAGAAUGGGAACAGUUGCGAGACUUGGAAGAAGAGGAUGAUGGAGGUGAGGAUGAUAGUGGUAGGGAGGGUAACGAUAGUGAUGAUGUAUAUAUGACUGUUGAAGAAACUAUGACUAAACUGAAGAAGUUACAAAAGCUUAAAGAAUCCAAAAAGAAAAAGGAUAAAGAUACAGAAUCCAUUUCUAAAUCAAAGGAUAAAAAGAAAUCACAUAAUAAGGAUAACAGUGAGGUAAUUCACCCUUUGACCCCAGCUGAAAGAGCUGCUAUUGAAAGAGAUGAAAUGGAUAUGAAAUAUUAUGCUAAGAAAUUGAAUUUGAAGGGCAAAAAGAAAAAGAUUCACGCUAGAGAUGAAUUCGAUGCUAUUGGUGGGUUAUUGGAUGGUCUUAAUUUCUUUGAAAACUAUGGGCAGGAUGAUGAUGAAUACGGUGAUUUUGCGAUAAAGGAUAAGAAUAAUAAUGAGGACAAUGACAAAGUCUCAGAAAUUAGCGGAAGUGACAGUUACAGCUAUAGUGAAGUGUCCGAGGGUGAAUCCGAGGAUAUCAUUGAAAAUCCAUUUUCUUCUGAUGACGAACUUUCUGAAAGUGAUUUUGAAGACUUUGAUGAAGAUGAUUUAGAUGAUGAAGAAUGGGAACAAUUAAGAGAAUUGGAAGAUAAUAAAUCAAAAAAAAGCGAUCAAAAAUCUAAAAAGGAAAAUCCUUAUAUUGCAGCAACCUAUUCUUCCCCUGAUGCUAAUGAAACAUAUAUUCCACCAUCAUUGAGGAAAAAGCAAUUAGAAACUUCAACUGAAGAAUCUGCUCUUAUUUCAGAUAUUAAUAAAAGAGUUAAAUCAUCAUUUAACAAGCUAUCCGAUAGUAAUAUUAAUGCGAUUAUUACUGCAUUGAAUGAAUUAUAUGAGAAUUACCCAAGAAAUUAUGUUACUGAUGUUAUUACAAAACAAAUUUUGGAUACUGUUGAUCAAGGCAAUAGAUUAUUAGAUAGUUUCAUUAUAAAUUAUGCUGCUGUAGCGUAUUCUUUGUUUAGAUUAAGGGGUUUAGAGAUUGGUGCAUCCUUUAUACAAAGAGUAGUAGAAGCAUUCUUGUCAUACUAUUCUAAGAAAUUUGAAGAAUUGAAAAAUUUAAAAUCUGAUGAUGCUAUAAAUUUAUCAAAGGAGUGUAACAACAUUAUUACAUUACUAUCUUACUGUUAUAAUUUUGGGUUUAUUUCGUGCAGAUUAAUAUAUGAUAUAAUUAGAACUUUUGUUUCAACACCCAACGAAUUAACUACGGAACUAUUGUUAAGAAUUGUGGCAGUAUCUGGGCAAUUGAUACGUGGUGAUGAUCCAUCAGCUUUAAAAGAUAUUUUAUCUGAAUUGUUAAAUAAUGUGAAGACUUUGAACAAGAAAAGUCCUAGGUUGCAAUAUUUAUUAAGUACAUUAUCUGAUUUAAAAAAUAAUAGAUUAAAAGCAUCAGUGGUAGCAGUAGAUCACCAACCUUUGAAAAGGAUUAUUAGUUCAAUUAUUAAAUCAACUGUAUCAAUAGAGCCGCUACAAGUAUCAUUAGAUGAUAUUAAAAAUGUUAAUGAAAGAGGUAAAUGGUGGUUAAUUGGUGCAUCCUGGAGGGGUAAUAUGAAUUCUGCAUUUGACCAACAUGAUAAUGAGGAUUCUGUUAAUAAAAAGGAUAAGAGUAAGAACACUGAAGAAAUACAGGAAAUUAUAUCUCUCGAAGAUGAUUUAUUGGAUGAUAUUCCUGAUUGGGAUAUGAUUGCAAGAGAACAAAGAAUGAAUACUGAUGUUCGUCGUGCUAUUUUCAUUAGUAUAAUGUCGGCCCAAGAUUAUGUCGAUGCAUUUGAAAAAUUGGAGAAGUUGAAUCUUAAAAACAGACAAUUAUUGGAGGUUCCAAAAGUUGUGUUACAUUGUUUACUGACAGAUGCUGGACAAAAUGGUUAUAACCCUUACUACGCGUUGGUUGCUUCAAAAAUAGCUGAGCAUCACCAUCAAUUAUCAAAGGCAUUCCAAUUCUUAUUUUGGGAUACUGUUAAAAAAUUUGAGGAGUCCUCUGAUUCAGAUUCAGAAAAUGGCAUGUUUUUCAAUGCGGAUAGUGGGGAUGAAGACGAGGAGAAAAGAUUAGCAAGGAUAGCUAGUCAAGGAAAGUUUUUUGGUUAUUUAUUUUCCGAAGGAAUAUUGAAAUUAGAUAGUUUUAAACACGUUCCUAUAAUGGGAGGUUUAACUAAUGAUGGUAUUUUAUUUAUUGAAGUUUUGUUGUACUUUUUGAUGUUAUUAAUUGGUAAGAAGUCAGAGAAGAGUAAAAAGAAGGAUGCAGAUGGGAACAAGGUUUUUGAAUACACUGAUCAAUAUUUACUUUCAUUCAUUGGAAAAGGUAUUAAUAUUGAAAAUAAGUCUAUCAUUUUGAAAAGUUUGAAAUGGUUUAUCACUAAGAAUUUAAAAUAUAAGAAGCUUUUGGUUGGUAAGUCAAAUGAGAAGGCCUAUAUCAGGGAUAAGAGAAGAAUAGAAUGGGCAAUAACAAGAUUUGUUGAAUUAAUUGAAGAAGAAUUUGAGAAUAUCAGUAUUUAA